AUGGAGAGUAAUGAUGAUCGCUGCUGGAUUUGUCUCGGUGGUGACGGUGACUGGCCACCGUUAGCCAGCCCUGGAGAUUCAAAAAAGCUCAUACAAAUCUGUUCGUGCUCCCUUAGAGUGCAUAAGACAUGUCUAUUGAACUAUGUUAAAGAAAGAGAGCUUGAGAUUGGGAAAGAGCGUAACCCUUUCAACCUACCGUGUAUGAGUUAUUUCCAAGGUAAACGAAAACCUGGAGGAGUAGAGGUUCUCAGUGUGCGGCCUAGACCAGGCACGAUGUUAUUGGCAGAUGAAGAGAUCCUAUGUCCACAGUGUGGUAGCCCGGUGACAUUAGUCGCUAAAACACCGAGUCAGCUUCUAUCAAAGUCAAAUCUGGUCAGAUCGUAUGCUAGAGAUAUAUUCUCGAAGGCCGUUUAUGGUGGAUUGGUUUGUGGGGCGGCAUUUUCUUCAAGUACUGCGGUGCUGACGAUGUCUACGUGUGCUGGUGUUGCACUUUGGAGCGCCAUUGCGCCAACACCAACACUCAUGAAGAUAUUGGAGAUCCCCUUUAAGCAUGUUGGAAACACAAUUGUGUCAACAGCCACCGAGUUGACUUCAAGUCAGCUGAGUGUGUUUGCAACUUUCCCAGCGUACCUAUACACCUUCAUCUCGGAGACAAACCCUGUCUUGGAUACUUUCCACAUUCUUUGCUUGACUGCUUUAGGCGUACCGCAUCUAAAUGCUGCCGGUUACCUUAGUCCAAAGUACUAUCCACAGCUAUUCUCUGGAGCCUAUUUCAUCUACAAGUGGAUCUACAAGUUCACUUUGAAUAAGGCUUACUACAAAAUGGUUAGAAAGGCUGUACCACAUUUCUUCUUGAGUCUUCUCGAAGAAUUCCACCAGGGAGAAGAAGAGUUCGUUGAGGAAGAAACACAUAUCUGUGAAAUUAAACAGAGAAUCUCUGAUGUCAUGAGUGAACUACCCUGGUACAAGAGAAUUUGGUGUUAUGUCUUCCCACCUUACACCGCAGCCGAGAGAAGGAUUGUCAAUGCACACACCAAGAGGGUAAACAACUAUUGUCUAUGUGUAGAUUUUACCAAUGCCUUCCAUGAGAGAAUUCCAAUGUUCCGGAUUUUGAAUGUGGUGCUCUGGCCAUUGUCGGGUGCCGUCGUUGGUGCAUGUCUGGCCAAGGUUGUACCAAUGAACGCAUUGUCUCAUGUAAUUGAAACCCCCGAGGAUAUCGUAUAUGCACUUAACAUAGUUGGCAUGGGCAUAGUUGGAAUUGCCAACGACUUAUGGGGGGUCUACAAUGCAAAGCUGAAAUACCAUAUGACGUUUGAUAUGGACAUCUUGGAUACGACUUUGGAAGGCGCUAGUACAGAGCAGGUUGCAUUUUAUGAGACGUCACCAGGCUGCUCUCUGCGAACUGUGGUUGCAAACUACAUGGCAAGAGCACACGGUGAUACAGUAUCAAACGACCCAUUCGAACCAGUUUUGGACACAAAUGAUGAUGUUCCAAGAUACCGUGCACGUUCUGUGUCUACAACCUCAAGACAUGAUAGCGACAGCCAUUCAACUGGCUCAGGAGAUCAGCUGGAUCGUGGCAGUGAUAACACCCUCGAUAACUCACCUGGAAACCUAAGGGUAAGGCUUGGAGACCUGAUAGAUGACCUUACGAGAAAUGUCGACAUUGAAACUCUACACUCAAUUCUUAACCUUCCUCCUUAUGAUCUUGGAAGCUUGGAUCUCUAGUGUCUCCAAAGUGUCGUAUAUGAUUAUACCCCCACGACUUG